AUGCAGCUCCCUGCCCUGACCUCCUUCUCUCUGCCAGGUGCCAGCGGAUUUCCCUGCUGUGGCAAGGAGUCGGUGCAAAUCUUGGAGACACAGAAUGACUUAAACCAACAUCAACACGAGUCCCACCUUUCAACGGCUCAAGAGGAAGAUGAUAUAAAGGCAGGAGUGGGCAGGAUCACCUCUUAUGGGGAGGUGGUGGGCAAGGGGCAGGCUUCUUUGACAAUCCUGGGACCCUGGUACCAGGCCAGGGUGGGCACGCUCACACUCACCACCCUCACGACCUGCCCGCAUGCCCAGCUGGAGGAAGAACUGUCAGAACAAGAGUCCCCACCCAAAGUGGACCUGGACCUGGACCUAUACCCAGACCCAGACCCAGAGCCAGAGGCAGACCUAGGGAUGGAACUGGACCUCAAGGCCCUGCUGCAGUCCGACAUGUACCCGACACCCAAGCCUGAAGCUGAGCUGGACGUGGAGCCCUGCAACGGAGACCAUGAGCAGCAGGGGUACAGGAUAGAGCCCGUCAACCCCUACCCAGAGGGGCUGCUCAUGCCACAGGACAUUAGACAGUGGAGCUUGAAGUCAAACUCCAGCUACCUGAGUUCCGUGGAGGAGGACCAGAUGUCCAUCAAACAUCACUCCAUCUGCGUGCAGACCUCCCAACACCUCUUCUCAGCCAACAAGCUCAUCCAGGCCUCAGAACACAGUCUGCAGCGGUCAGUAAACAUUCAGGUCAACAAAAGCAGUGCAAGCGAGACCAGCCAGCCGGACCAGGUGUCUGUCCCCGUGGACACCUUGUGCUCCAAGCAGCAGCUCCAGACCCCCAACGUCCAUCCAGCUCUUGCAGCCACAAACUCCCAGCCGCCAGCAAGCCCCUGCCUGUCCUCCCCCAGUCUCCCCAAGGCCAUUGGCCUGACAGAGCUCAUCAACUUUGCAUCUUCCUUGGCCAUGUCCUCCUCCAGCAAGAUGGACUUGCCCAAUUUGAGGCACAUGAUCAAAGCUUCACCUCAGAAGGCCAUGGAGCCUUCUACAGAGCCCACUACGGACACAUGCACAGAGACACCGCCAGAAAAACCACCUGAAGCUGGGGAGCCACAGAGAGCUUGGAAUCAGGCAGACAAGCACUUCCCUUGCUCUUACCUUGACUUUAGUAAGCCAGGGGUCAAGAGAGCCACCAUUGAAGGGGAAGUGCAGCUUCUCCAGCCACCAGUCAUGUCCCCACAGCUGCAGGGAGCCAAGGAAGACUCAGUACCGGGAACCAAGAAAGGGAAUCCAUUAUUCCUGAAAAUCCAUUUUAAGGUGUCAUCCCCCACUACCCCAGAGAAGUGACUAGACAAAACCAGUAAAGCCUCCAGUGCUGGCCCCUGGCUCAGACUUUUUGUGCAAACUCUCCUGGACCAGUGAGCUCACCUGGCUGCCAUACCCUGGUCUCGUUUUUUUAGGAAUGCCACCCCGUUUUUAGCUUCCCCACCCCCACCUGCCCCCUGAGGGUAAUGCUGCCCCUGUUCCUGGCCACUUGUCUCACCUCUGUUCACUCCCCAUGGGCAAGCUCCAUGUC